CCAGCCGGGUGCUCACACAUUGCGGUCCCCCAGGUGGCCGCUUCCGGGUGGCGCCGGUGGCGCGGCCGUCGCUGCCGCCUGUCGCGACAGGGAGGUGGCCCGGCCGUGUCGGGGGUCGCCGGUCGCUGUCGCGAUGAGGGCGGGGGCGUUGCUGCGGCUCUGCUCGAACCCGGGGCUCCACUACCAGCAGGGGCAGCGGCCGGGGCCUGGAAUCCGCGAGUAUUUUUAUUACGUAGAUCACCAAGGACAGCUUUUCCUGGAUGACACCAAAGUCAAGAACUUCAUCACCUGCUUCAAAGACGUGCGGUUCCUUUCCUUCUUCUUCCGGCACCUGGAGCGGAACCGCGUCGGGCGCUACCAGCGGCGCUUCCCGUGGGUGUCGCGCUGCGGCCGCGAGCGGAAUUUCCUGCGCUGCUCCGACCUGCCCGUGGUGUUCACGCAGCUCCUGCGCGGCCCCCGCGGCUCCUCACUGCUCUCCUACUGCGGCGGCGGCCCCGAGCUGGCGGUGCCCUUCCAGCCGGGAAUGCUGGCCGUGCUCCCGGAGAACGGGCGCCUCUACCACCCGGCGCCCGAGCGCGUGGGCGGCGUGGGUUUGGUGAGGUCGGCGCUGGCGCAGGAGCUGAGCGCGGAGUUUCGGUUCCGCGACGGGCCCGAGAAGCCCCCGACGCAUUUCUGGUGGGAGGGGAAGGAGCAUCGGCUCGCCGGGGACAUCCUGGGAAUUCUGCGGGCGGAGAAAUCGGGAGCGGAGGAGGAAGCGGCGAUUUCCACGUCUUAAAUCGCGGGAAAUCGGGAUAAACUCGUUGCCUGACUCAUUAAAUUCAAUAAUUAAUUGAUGAACAAGUCAA